CAUUCUUUUGUAGGCUUGCACCUUUAUGGAUAUUAAACGUUAGCCUACUAGAGGAGUUUCAUGAUUGAAACAGGCACCGCUUCCCUCCGGUUACGCAUUUGCCAGAUUGGACACAGACAACAGGGAAAAAUAGCCACGAUUAUAGUCUGACUUCAGAACAUCACUUCAGUCAGGACAAUUUUCAUUUUCGCCUUCAUGGAUGGUGAGCGCAAAUCUGACAUGUAGGAUACUUCUGUUGGCUUUAUAAUGUCAAAAUGCAUGCAUAAACUUUUUUUUAAAUAUCUGAAAUAACGACAUAUUUGUCUUCAAAACCUUUUUAUAUUAACUGGACAAAUCAUUUUUCGUUUAGGCUAAAUAUUUCGGACAAAAAAUCUAUUAAAUUACGCAAUAGGCCUAUCCCCCUAUUUUUUUAAAGAUAGGUCUAAUUAGCUGACUCAUUGUUUUGUUAAACGCCAAUGGGCCGAUGACUUUACAUUCUUGUCAAUGAACUUGGUCAAUAAACUUACGUUUUCACAAACCUCAUUUUUACAACUCAGACGUUUUUUUGGACUAUGGAGAUUCCGGUUGGAUUAGGGGGAGUAUGUGACUCCACAAACCUAGUUUUUCGCGGACCUUUCCAAAACGUUUUCCACAACGUGCAAGCACUGCCGAGUAACACGAAUGUCACUGAAAGCUUGGACUUUUGUAGUUCAAAGUACAGUUUCUUGCAGAAUAAACAACCCUGGGAGAUGCGCCAAACGAGCCGGCAAUCAUCCCGAAAAGAAAUAUGGUCAGGAACGUCUCGCAAUUCUGAUAUUGAAGUGAGGGAAGAUGACAGCGUUUGUUUUUCCAGAACACUCGAAUCAGUGGCAUGUCGUAUUCAUUUUGGCAAAAACUCAAAAGGGAACAAAGCCGGGUUUUCCUCUUUGAACGAAUCAGACAAUCCAAACGCGAAUGAAUACGGAUCGUGUCGCUCUGGACAGCAAGUCUCCAACACGGAACAACAGUCCUGUCAACCCUCUGUGUCCCAUCACGGAAAUGAGUUAAAUCAUAACAGCGAGGCCUGUGUGGCGAGCAGUUGCUCCAGUUCUGCCUGCAGCACCAUCUCAAAAACGGCGAGGGAGCUCUGCAACGCUGUCUCUGUGUCACUGGGAUUGACCAUGGACGCAAAUGAGAUGACUGACCUGGGACCUAAUCACGCACCAUCCAGCGUAAAUCACCAAAGUCAAGAAAACUAUUUGUUUGGGGUGCCUCUAUUGAAAUGUUCUGGAGCUGGAGAAAACGUCUCCAUAACAGAAUACACAUGCCCCAGUGAGCGCAAUGCCAAGCCACUACAAAGUGAUAAACAACUAGUUGAGAUGUUUCAAAGUUCCCCUGCAAACAACCUUACAGAAAAAGUGGCGACCAUACAGCACUUUAGCUCCGGACAUCCAUCCACAGAUGAACAGGAGUUUAGACUGAAUGAAAACAGGGAUGACCCGACUUCAAAAGAAACAGAUCAUUUUCUGAAUACAGGAGCUCGCUCAGCGUCUUAUCAUUUUGACCAACUGUUGCCAGUACACUUGGCACACUUCAGUCAAACCGAAACAGACAGAAACUCUUCUCAUGUGUUCUACAAACCCCCAGCACAUGUCGGUGAAUCUGGAGAGACUAUGGAGGACAAAUAUGCGGACUACUUACAACAACAGUACAGUGUCAAGAUAAAAUCGGAGGCCUUUAAUAGGCAUAAUGAACCUGCCGGAACGUCAUGGGACUUUCAGUACAGGUAUAAUGACAAUGACAAUACACAAUAUGGACUGAAUUCAUACAUUGCGGGACCGGACACUGCGUUAAUUUGUAACCCUCGUGAAUAUGAGAGGGGUGGUGGACUCGUGCGGAGAGAGCGGCCAACUCCUGAGCAGUGGUACCCGGGCGAGAUGCUAGGGAGGAUGCCCUAUCCCAACUCCCCAUGCAUAAAGAAUGAGGUUGGUGACAGUCUGGAUGUCUCUUACACAGAUGCCAGGUUUGAGGGUGGCAGCGACCACAUGUACCCCAUGGAGUUCUUCUUCCCGCCCCAGAGGACCUGUCUGAUCUGUGCAGAAGAGGCAUCCGGCUGCCACUAUGGAGCACUCACCUGUGGCAGCUGCAAAGUGUUCUUCAAGAGAGCCGCAGAAGGGAAACAGAAAUACCUGUGUGCCAGCAGAAAUGACUGCACUAUCGAUAAGCUGAGAAGGAAGAACUGCCCAUCAUGUCGACUGAGGAGGUGUUUUGAAGCUGGGAUGACCCUCGGAACACGUAAACUAAAGAAGAUUGUACAGCUGAAGAGUCCGGAGGAGGAUCUUCCCACCCAAGGCCCCACUGAUACCAUCCAGGGAGUCUCUCCCCAAUCCGGCCUGAGCUUCCAUUCCCAGCUGGUGUUCCUUAACAUCUUGGAAUCCAUUGAGCCAGAGGUGGUACAUGCGGGACAUGACCAAUGCCAGCCUGACUCAGCUGCAGCGCUGCUCACCAGCCUCAACGAACUCGGGGAGCGCCAACUUGUCAAAGUGGUCAAGUGGGCCAAAGGCUUGCCAGGUUUUCGGAAUCUGCAUGUGGAUGACCAGAUGACAGUCAUCCAGCAUUCAUGGAUGGGGGUGAUGGUGUUCGGCUUGGGAUGGAGGUCCUACAAGAAUGCCAACGGCAGAAUGCUCUAUUUUGCCCCGGACCUUGUUUUCAAUGACCAUCGGAUGCACAUCUCUAGCAUGUUCGAUCACUGCAUACGGAUGAGACAACUCUCCCAGGAGUUUGUCCUGCUGCAAGUCACUCAGGAAGAGUUCCUCUGCAUGAAGGCCCUGCUCCUCUUCAGCAUCAUUCCAGUGGACGGUCUUAAGAGUCAGAAGUACUUUGAUGAAUUGCGGCUGACCUACAUCAAUGAACUUGGUCGCGUCAUUAACUAUGGAAGGAAGUCCAACUGCUCUCAGAGGUUGUAUCAACUCACCCGUCUCAUGGAUUCCCUCCAACCGGUUGUGAGGAAACUCCAGCAGUUUACAUUUGAUCUGUUUGUCCAGGCCCAGUCUCUGCCCACCAAGGUCAACUUUCCAGAGAUGAUUGCAGAGAUAAUCUCAGUACAUUUGCCAAAGAUCCUGGCAGGCUUGGCCAAACCAAUCCUGUUCCACAAGUAGCAGGAUUUGCCAUCAUACUGAGAAAAGUCCAAUCCAAGCUGCUUAUAUACUUCAGCCAAGGCUCUGUAGUGUUUCCCUUGUAGUGUUCUCUCUCUCCUUUUUUAUAUCUAAUAGCUCAAUGUUCCAUUUCUGAAAUCAUUGUAUCAUUACAGUAGUUUAGCCGCUUAACAGACAUAAUUGAGAUAAUUUUCUCAGAAGGGCAGCAAGGUUUUAGCAUUUAUUUCAAGUUGCAAGGUGUCACCUUGUUGACAGCCCAAUCUGUCCUGUAUUUCAAGAAAAAAAUACACAAGACUACCGGUAGUAGUGUUAUGUCAAAUGUAAGAAACAGAAGAAUGUCAUCCAUUGACUGGAUGAAGACAAAACUAAAAAUGCAGAAACAGUUAAACAUAGCUAUGCAUAUCUCUACUUUAGGAACUUUCAUGAGAUUGUGCUAUGCAAAAAAAAACUAUUACCAAAAGGAAUGUGAAACAGUCGUUUGCAGUAUACUCUUACAUACAGUCGCUGUCUUUACUAGCUAACUAUUCAACGGUUGUAUCUGACUGACUAUGUUGUACUAGAAUGCUAUUUUCAAUAUACAUUUACAAUGCCUAAGUCCCUACAUGUAUUGUACAGUAUUUAAAUGUUUCUUGCUAGUUAUUUAGGUAGUGAACAAACGGUGACUAACUAAUUCCAGACACAAAUCGAGACAAUUGGAAUUAAUAACUUUCCAGAAUAUUUUCAGUGGCAGUGGAUCUCUAUUGAGUUAUUUAAAAGCAAAUCAUAGUAUCAAACCUUCUACAACUUGCUGCACAUUUAGUCUGCAUGUAGUUUCAGAUGACUCUUUUGCGUCACACAUGACAGUACUGUGCCCAAGUUAGUUGGUCAAACUGAACAUACUUAUAAUCUAUUAAUGCUGAAAAUCCUCUAAAGGUUUAACGCAGCCUGAAUAUUUGCAUUCUUUAGUUCAUCAGAACAUACAGAGGUGCAUGCGCCAUGUGUUUGUAGAUGUUAGAAUGAUUUAAUCUUUAUUGAAAAAAACAGGGGCGGAACUUUGGUUAUAGAAGUGGGGGGACAUAGCGUGCCAAAUUCAUGUGGCCAUUUGGAACCAACAAUUGCUCUAUUAUGAGGUCCAUUAAAUGCAAACAAUGUUCAAACCAGGGGAGAACGAAUGCCUCUUCUCGUUGAAGCCUUGAAGUUCAAGUCCGACCGUGGUACUGCAAGCAUUGUCUGAAGAAAACAGGAUCCCCCAUUAUAGUGAAUGGGAAAAUAGCAAUCUUCGUGGUCAAUCAUGUAAAAAAACAAAACAAUCAUGGUGCCAAUAAUUGCCUCUAUUACACCAAAUGUAUGUCCCUGAACCAAUUAUUUUAAAAAUAGCACAAGGAAAAUUUUGUAGCUAAUGGCAGCCUGCAGUAUCCCAGUCAGCCUUCAACUUUAGUUACUCAAUGAGAGGGGGCAGCAUAGAGCUAGCCUCUAACGUCACUUCCUGGAGUAGCUCAAACUUGCUGUCAUGACAUUGCCCUCUUUGGGUAUAGCAAGCCCCAUCCCCCUCUCCCUGCCCCCCCUUGCCUCCUUCAACUAGGCUGCUGUGGUCAGAGAGAGGUCGUAAAUUCCCGAGAAGACCCUGCCACAUAGUACAAGAGGCAGAGUAAAUUUUCAUAGAGCACAAAGGAAUUUCUUCCACCUCACAGAACUUGAGGUAAGAACAAAUUUCAUGUUCCGGAGAAAGUAUAAAAGAUCGGUGAAGAAUCCAGCUACGUCCGUUUGUUACAACUUGGGGAAGCUCAUGGGAGAUGGUGUGGCCACAUUACCAUAAAACUGUUUAUAUAAUAGCCUCAGAUAUGAGGUUUACAUCUAAUUGUUGUAUAAGAUGAAUGAGUGAGUAUGAUACUGUUUGUAAAAUUGUUUAAUAUGAUUUUGGACUGUUUAAUGAAGGAAAAUACAAUUCCCUUUUGAUUUUAACUAAAUCAGAGGACUGCCCCUGAGCCCAGUUAGGGUCAGGCAUCCUGGGACAGCCCCUUUUCUGCAAUUCCAAAUAAAACCCAACAUUGGGAAAUUAUCACCAGACCAUGUUUUUCUACAUUAGGAGAGGACGAAGGUUGUAGACCAUUGCGGAAUCUUUUAACCAUACCACGUGGUUAAACUCUUAGACUAUCGAUACAGACAGAAUAAGAACAAGUCUUUGAUAUUAAUUACUAGUCUGCAGCUAGGAAUUCGGUGUCAUUGAACGCGAAGAACGACAACCGCCGAAACAUUCAAUCUAUAACAACUGAAUGAAUGUCGCUCUGAACUAUCCCCUCUAACCAAGACAGAGAGAGAGAGGUACAGAUCCCGACGACACACUGUGCAUAAAUAUAUAUAUAUUGAUUGUAAUUGUUCCCGAAUGAGUGAGCGUUCAUAUGCAACGGAUUAGCAUUUCAAUUGUUAUAAUUAUCAACUUUGUAGUGUCUCAUCUCAGUUGAACCCCCACUUCCCCUUUUGUCUAACAAGCCGCGAUGCCGGUUUAGCGCACAUUCCCCUAUCAUUUCUUGUAACCACAUUUACCUUGUUUGUUUGUUUAUGCAUUUCUGUGAAUUUCUUAGUAAUAAAUAAAUGAUUUAAGACAA